ACCUGCAGGGGGCAGCAGAGGGACCCCCCCCCCCCGAAGCCCGACUGCGCUUGCGCAGAGCCCGCGGCGGCCCAAGACGGGAAGUGGGCGUGGCCGGCCCGAGCAGCUCGUGCGGAGCGCUGCGGCCGGCUGGAAGAGUGAAGACUGACUAGAGACCAGCUCACCCCAGCCUGGCUGCAAGCCCCUCCCCCGCCCGGGAUGUACUGGGCAUGGCCUCUGGAACCCUACAGAACAACAGCCAGAUGUCCUGUGACAGAGAGAUCCCAGGCUUCCUGGACACAUUCCUUCAAGACUUCCCAGCCCCACUGAGCCUGCAGAGCUCUUUGCCAUGGAAGGCCCCAGGGACAGUGCUGAGACAAGAAGAGGUGGAAGCUGAGUUGGCUGAGCUGGCAUUGGGCUUCCUGAACAGCAGGAACGUUCCACCCCCACUUGCUGCAGCUCUGACCCACGAGGCGAUCUCCCAGCUGCUACAAACAGACCUUUCUGAAUUCAAGAAGUUGCCUGAACAAAAAGAGGAGGAUCAGGAUGAGGAAGAAGAGAAAGUCCUUGUAACCUUACUGGAUGCCAAAGGCCUGGCACGAAGUUUCUUUAACCAACUGUGGGAAGUAUGUAACCAGUGGCAGAAGCAGGUGCCAUCGAUUGCCCAGACCCCACAGCGGCAGUGGCUGGUAUCCAUCCAUGCCAUCCGGAAUACCCGCCGCAAGAUGGAGGAUCGGCAUGUGUCCCUUCCUACUUUCAACCACCUCUUCGGCUUGUCUGACCCUGUAGACCGUGCCUAUUUUGCUGUGUUUGAUGGUCAUGGAGGUGUGGAUGCUGCAAGGUAUGCUGCUGUUCAUGUGCACGUCAAUGCUUCCCACCAGCCAGAGCUGUCCACGGACCCAGCAGCAGCCCUCAAAGAAGCCUUCCGGCGCACUGAUGAAAUAUUUCUCUGGAAAGCCAAGCGAGAGCGACUGCAGAGUGGUACCACAGGCGUGUGUGCACUCAUCGCAGGAACAACCCUGCACGUUGCCUGGCUCGGGGACUCCCAGGUCAUCCUGGUGCAGCAGGGACAGGUAGUAAAACUGAUGGAACCACACAAACCUGAGCGACAGGAUGAGAAAGAACGCAUUGAAGCCCUGGGCGGCUUCGUGUCUUUCAUGGACUGCUGGAGAGUCAACGGCACCUUAGCAGUCUCUAGAGCCAUUGGGGACGUCUUCCAGAAGCCCUAUGUGUCUGGUGAGGCAGAUGCAGCCUCCCGAGAACUGACAGGCUCCGAGGACUACCUGUUGCUUGCCUGUGACGGCUUCUUUGAUGUUGUCCCCCACCAGGAAGUUACCAGCCUCGUCCACAGCCACUUGGUCAGACAAAAGGGCAGUGGGUUCCAUGUCGCUGAGGAGCUGGUGGCAGUGGCCCGGGAGCGGGGCUCCCAUGACAAUAUUACAGUCAUGGUGGUCUUCUUCAGGGACCCCUGGGAGCUGCUAGAGAGUGGAGCCCAGGGUACAGGGGAUGUCCAAGCAGAUUCAGGAAGCCAGGACUUGCCCUCUGGGCUCUCAGAGCUUGAGACCAAUACCUCACAGAGAAGUUAAAUGGUCCAGGCCCCCUGCCCCAUCCUGAUCCUCCCCAAGCCCUUGCGAUCUUCCCCUUCAGAGACCUUAGGACCCAACAAGGUGUAGUGGGCAGGGGUGCCCACCCUCACAGCCCUCUGUCAGCACCCCAGUCCCUCAUGUUGCCUGCUGCAGCCUGUCUUCAUAGCUACAGAACUGCAAUAGGCAGCACUGAGAUCCACUCUCAGAAGGAAGCAUAGGAAAAUGACCUCACCAAAGAGAAGAUGGCUCAGAAGUACGCUACUCUUACUCCCAGGACUAGGACCAGAAACCACAGGCGUCUGCUGGCAACCUGGUCAAAAACACGGGUUAUGUCUUGGGGGAACCUCUCACCGACCUUUUAAGCUCAUCCUGAGGUUAAGCCUCGCAGCUUCUCAUGGCUCCUCUCUGUGCCCAUGGCUGGGGAGGAUUUUGUUGACUGAUAGGCUUGCUUGACCAUGCUGCUUCCCAAAGAGGAGAGAUGGGCUUUGCUGGAAAGAGCACCAGGGGACCUGCCCACUGUUGCCACUCAUAGCCGAUGUCCUAGGGCCAUCAGGGCCUUCCAGACCGCUCUCUUUCCCUUGAGCAUCCUGGGAAGGUCAAAUCAGACAUGUGUAUGUCUUCUGUUUAUGUGUUUAGAUGUAUUACAGGGAACAGUCUAAUCCAGAAUCAGUAUUCAGGUUUUAUCUUCUUUUGUCAGUGCCAAGAUGACCCACAGUGUCAUGUAAUUUAAGCAGAACUUAGCAUUUAUUUUAUUCCUUAGGAAAUUUUUAAGUAUAUUACUUUUUUGUGUGUGGAAACAUUUGCAGUAUUAACUGAUAUUUUUUUUCUACAUCAAGAUUGAAACAGACGUUUCCAUGUUGUGUUAAUAAGCCACUUAAGUGCCUUAAACAGCUUUUGGGGAGGUGAGAACUGCUGGGCCCACUGUGGAUCCUGAUAGGCAGACAUGUUGAGGUGCUGGGAAGGCAUGCUUUGGGCUAAGAAAGUCAUUUUAUCUCUUUGUGGCUGUGAAGGCCUGUGGCCUGGACACUGAGGUGACACUGGCUUCCUGGCCCACCCAAAGUCUGACUGCAUCUAGACUCUGGGACUAGAAUGUUUCAGAAGGUCUCAGUAUAUUUGUAGCCACACUGAGUCAUUGAAGACAGUGCUUAAUUAAGGAACUUGGAUAAACCCAGUAGCCCACCUCCUUGGGGAAGCUGCUAGCAGUCUGCUAGCAACAGCCCACAUCUGGCUCCUAUGGCUGGUGUCCAUCCCUGUUGAACUUUGUCCUCUAUCUGAGAAGCUUGAGAGACCUCUGAAUGCCUAGUGCAAUGGAUAGGAGGCUCAGCAACAAUACCUAGAUGCCUUGGGGAGCUCCUGUGGUAUGUGAAGUUAGGCAGGGAAGCCAGGUAGAGGGAGGACAUCUGAAGUAGGACUAAAGAGGCCCCCAGAGAGCAGCCUCCAAAGGAAAGGCAGAGCAUGGGUCAGGACUGCUCCAGGCCACACUGGCAGGUCCAGAGAACAAUGGGUGGCUUAGCAGACUCUUGGGGAGGGUAAAAGUGGGAGGAAGCUUGGCUGUGAGGUCCCCAUGGAAAUGAUCCUAGUCUACCUGUAGAGAGAAGAGCUCCAGCAAGACCUUCAGAGCUUUGCUCAGAGCAUCCAUGCCCUUCUCAGAAGAGGCAAAGGAAUUCACACUCUUGCCAGCAUCUGAGGCAAGUUCACUCUCCAGCAGGCGGGUUAGGGAGCCAGCUUUGGGGGGCACACUACCUGUAAGCUUGGUGUUCAGCCCAUUCCCAGAGCAGGGAUGAAGGACCUGGUGCCCUAUAGUUGAUUCCCCGCUCAAAGUCUCCUGAUAGGAAGCGUCUUAAGCAUGUGGUCACUCAGAGAAUGACUGGCCACCAACAAUGGACUGGGUACUGCUGACCUUGAAGGCCUGGCUGCCCUCUGGAGGCCAGAAUCCAAGGUCUAGGUGCCAUCUCAACAUAGGAAUAUGGUUGUUGGGCCAGCCUGCCUGUGGCAAUGACCUUGAGAGAGGAAGCUAUUGACUUCUGAUUUUCUCCCUUUUUUGCUAAUCUUAAUUCUGUUCAUUGCUGCUAACACUGGAGUUUUGGCCUUCAGAGGUAUGGAUCACAUCCUUUGGUCCAGUUUAUACCCACAUGUAGGGCCUCAGCAAAGAAGGAAGCCCCUUUCCCAGGCUUGUCUAAGUGCCUCCCCUACCUCUGAGCCCAACUGCAGUGGUCACAGCCAAGCCUCUGCUUGGCAGAGAUCACAGCCAAGCCCCUGCCUGGUAGAGGUCUGGGACCAAUGUUGGGCACUGCUCUAUCCUUACCUAGAGAGCCCUGUGUUCUGCUGCUGAGAGCUAGCCUUGUGCUAGCUCCUAGGCACAGGGAAGGACCCUUGACUAGAGCUGGACCAGGAACCACCACUAUCCAUCUCUCAAGACUUCUUGGCCACCUCUUCAGGCCAUCAUCCCAAGACUAAUGACAAGAGGGACUCUGGUCUGAAAACCUUGAUUCCACUUUUCAAGUCCCAGCUUUGUCACCAGGUCAUCAAGUUGUACCUUUCCAGGCCUCAGUUCCCCUUUGGUAAUGCGUGGAGGGAUGUACAGCAUUUCCAGCAGGAAGUCUAAAGGUGCAGAAGCUGCUCGAGGUGAGCAGUUGCCAAAGCAGAGGGCCCCAUCCCCCACCAUAAGUAGAGAGGGGGGAUUAAGUAUUAUUAGUGUCUAUUCUUAAAAUUAAGUGGGCUGGAAAAGAACUGAGUUACAGAUGCCAGUGUCUUAUACGGAAUACAAAAGCUGAAACAGUCAGACUGCUUUUGCAGGUACAGCUGACUCCCAACUGAGGCCUGUGGGGGUGAGGGGUAGGAGGGUACAGCCUGGCUUUAAGGGUUUUUGGUAAGAAUCCAGGAUAAAAAAUAGUGUGUUUUAAGAGACAUAGAAGCAGAGUAUCUGCAGCAUAGCCUUUGGGGGGGGUGGUCUCAGGCCCCAUGAUGAGAGAGGCAUAGGCACCCAGAGGCCUUGGGUAAGUCCCUGCCAUUGACCAUGGUCUGUCUGCUCCUACCCUCUUGGGUUCAGCAUACAGCACCCCUCCCUCCCCAUGGUGAGGUCCAGCAUGGGCUUCCUGGUUACCUCAGCAGUAUUCUCAGGGCCAGGAGGAUGGCCCUGGCCCUGGCGCACACUACAUGGAAAUUGGGUCAACCUGUAUUAAGCAAGCUGUGUUUGUGGUUUGAUUCUGCCUCCAUAGCCCCCAAGGGUCAUUGUUUGGAGUCUAGUGCUUUCACUGGGCACUUUGCCAAAUAUACCAAGCUUUGCCAAAUAUACCAAGCUUUGCCAUUCAUGUGCCAUGCAGGCCUUGCCAAGGGUUUAUCUGUAUACAUCUCAGUGGGUUUCCUGGGAGUCAUGUGCAACAGGGAGUCUUGUUUCCCUGAUCUUAGGGAUAAGUCCCAAGGUGAAGAGCUCAGAAGGCAGCCUUCUCCUGGGGCCCACUGUACUGCUGUCAAUAAACCAUGAAAUCGAGACUCA